UUCCCCACCCCCUCCCUGAAGGUAGAAGUAAUGACACGAUGGCGGAAAACAUGGCGGCAGAUUUGAGUCCAACUGACAACGAUGCUUUGGAAGCGCUGUUACAGGGCCUUCAAAGAGAUAUUAACUGCCUUAGUGAUGAUAAUAGAGGAACAAGAAAGAGAGCCCUGGAAAAGAUAACAAAAGAAGUGUUUUCAAAAGCUAAGUUUUCAGCUGCAGUACUUCAAGUCACUUUUGAAGAAAUACUUAAACCCAUUUUGAAGCUGUUCUCAGAUCCAACUGAAAAGUGUCGGGAGCUUUCUGUCCAGAUGGUUUCUGAAUUUGCAAAGCAAGUCACAGAUUUAUGGUCAUUUUUACCAUACAUCAUCCCAACUGUGGUACAAAGACUUGGUCAGCCAGAGAUAGUGGAAUCUUGCGAGGAACUUAGGUUGUAUUUAGUUGAACUGCUGUGUUCUGUGACAGAGAUCUGUGGUGAAAAAAUUGGUGUAUAUAUUGAUGACAUGGUAAAGAUUCUUCAGAGAACUCUGGUUGAUCCAUUUCAUGAUGUGAGGAAGGAAAGUUGCCGUUGUACCAAUGUCUUGGCUGUGGCUGUUCCUGACCAGUUUUAUUUUCAAGCUAAUUCUCUAGUGAAUCCUCUUCUCAAGUCUCUCUCUCAUCAACACUCCAAAGUUAGAGUAUCUUGCAUACAGACCCUAGGUAUUGUUAUUAAAGGUGGUGAUGGCAAAAAUGUUGAUGAUGUGGUGUCACAUCUUGCACAAAGAACAUUUGACAGUGCACCAACUGUAAGAACAGCAGUGACAGGUGUUGUUGGUGAUUGGCUCUUAAACCUCAGAGAUAGAUAUUCAUAUUUUCAUAAACUACUGCCACUGCUGAUGACAGGACUAUCUGAUGAGUUACCUGACAUCCAGAGGCAGUCAAAACUACUCAUGAACAAGGUUGGUGAUCAAUAUGCUUUAGAAAAUGAGGAAGAAUUAAAGGACAGAAUGAAUUUUGAGGAGCAAUCUAGUUACAGACUUCAAACAGGUAUGGAUCGUCCCAGUCUAGGAUGCAGAAUAUUAGUACAAAGAAAUCUUUCCAAAAUUUUACCAGCUGCAUUACGUGAUAUGGCAGAUUGGACAACUGACACAAGAAUCAAGGCUUCAUCUCUGGUUUAUUUUUUACUCUUUUAUGCGGAGGAUAAUACAACUCAACACAUGGAGAUCUUGUUACAAGGCUUAUAUAGGGCUAGCCAAGAUGAAAAUGAACAAGUUGUAAAAGAGGUUGUGUCAAGUGCUGAGCUUGCAGGCUGUUUUGUAGAUCCUGCACUUUUUUGUAAGCUAGUGCUACCCCAUCUGAAGUCCUCUGCAGGAAGUUCAACAACUGCCUGUAGUAGUUGUUUAAUGAUUCUAGCAGCCUUGCUAAGAGGCUGCAACCCAGAGCUUAUUAAACCCCAUCUUAAGGAUGUUUGUGGCACAAUAUCCCUUGCUGAUGUCUGCUGUACAGAACAUUUAUCAUCUCAGCGACAUCUCUUGGCAACUGUUUCAGCAGUUGUUGAUAAGGCUGGAGAAGAGAGCAGUGUUCACAGCUUUAAGUUGUUUUAUGUCUUGUUACACGUCAAGGCACUACAGCGAGAGGGAAGCCUUGAACUUGAGGUCCAUUCUGUUUUAACCAAACUUGCAACAGCACAGAGUUUAGCAAGUUCAAGUAAGCUGUAUGAGAAUCACAUCCAAGACUUCUUGAAAAAAUUAAAAGAAAAUCACACCUCUUGGACCCAUCAUUCUCCAGAGUGCCGUCUGUUUGAUGUGUUAUUGACUGACUCUGGACCAACCAUUGGUCUGCACCUUCAGGAUGUCAUGGAGAUUUUUACUGAAUGCUUAGACAGUCAGAAAAAAGAUCCUGAAUUGAGGCUGAAAAUGUUUUCACUGUUGUCGCGGCUCUUCAUGAGUGCAUCUGAAUCAGUGGAUUUACAGCAAGCUUUCAAUCCUUUCUCAGUACAAGCUGUUCAAAAACUGAUCAUUCCUAACUGUGUAUGGCAAGCAGGAAGAACUGCUGCUGCUGUUCGCUCUGCAGCAAUCUCUUGCCUUUGGGCUUUGCUGCAAUCUAACUUGUUGUCUUUGCAAGAUGCUGGACAAAUAAUGAAGGAUCUUCUCACUCAGCUCACCUCUUGCCUUGAUGACCACAACCAAACCACAAGACUUGUAUCUUGUAAAGCCCUCCAGAGACUCCUUAUGUCUUGUAAAGAAAGUCUUAAUGCUGAUAUGCUUCAUCAGGUUUACCCUGAGUUACUGAAGAGAAUGGAUGAUAGCAGUGAUGAGAUAAGAAUUGUUGUCACCAAAACAUUUCUUGCUUACUUUAGAGCAUUUCCAUCUGACUACGAUUGUGACUUAUACAAGUUACACCUUCAAGCCAUGUUCAAAGGUCUCUUAGUACAUUUAGAUGACCCUUCAGCUUCAAUACAGGAAGCAACGCUUAAUGUGCUAAAAGAUGCAGCAAAGGUGCAACCUUUGCUACUUAAAGAACAGGUGGAGGCUGUAAGGCAUAAACACAGAGUGGCCAGGUACUGUGAGGAAUUAAUAAACCACUGUCAGGCUGUAGUGUGAAGGAGAUUUGAACAUCAGACCAGUUCUAAGAAUAUGUUUUAAGGUUCAUGAUCAUGUGCUUGGGAAACUGUUCAAGAAUGUACAAAGACGUCCACCUGAAUCAAUGUUUCAACAACAAGGACAAAUUUGAGGGUGUGUGAAUCCAAUGCAUAAGUACAAGAUGGAAAGCUGUCAGCAAAGGAAAGUGCAGGGUUGAUUCUUUACACAUUUCCAUCAACAGCAUGGUAUUUUUCUUCGAGGUUUCAACUUUCUUAACUGCCUUGGUGCUUAAGUGGCACAACAGGAUGAUUUAUGCAAGGGAAUAUUGUUGUCUGUUAUUUCAUGAACAUGUAUACAGUGAAUAGUGAGAGUAUUUUAAAUACCCUUACCAUUCAAUGCAUAAAUGUUCAUGCGUAAAAGCUUAAAAGCGGGUAUUUUCAGUGGCAGCAAGAUCAAGACUCACUGGGAACACAAACAUACUAUUUUAAUUGGAUUUAAUGCACAUGAAUAUGACAAGAUUUACUCUGUACUCUGCAUAAUUCAUGAUUUUUUGAGAAUGGAAGGUAUGAGAACUAUACUGUAAAGACAAAGACAAAAACAUUUUAUACAAAAUUUGUCCCAAAAUAAAAUGUUUUCUUAACACA